AUGACUUCAACGAAUACAUCACGAUCCACCACCUUGAACCAAAUAGAGGGUCAAUCUACUAAUACUUCAUCGACGAUUCCAAAAUAUACAAGAUACACAAUUACAACUUCAGAAUGGCACUAUCUAAAAAUAAAAAUUAAUUUUGACCCACCAACAGAUCCAUUACCAACUAUAACAUCGUUGGCACUUCGUUCACUAAUCAGCAGAUCAUUAUCUGAAGCAUUUGGAGUCAUUGGAUCUGGUAUUCAUGUUGAUAUCCUGUAUUGGAGUGGUGAUGACUCUCAAAGUGAAGAGUAUAUUGGAGUGAUUAGAGUCCCAAGAGAGGACUUAACAACAUUAUGGAGCUCGCUUACAUUAUUUAAUGCAGCUUUAGAUGUUGGAGAUCAAAUUAGUAAAGAAAUUAAUUUUGAAGUUCUCGGAAACUCUGCUUUUUUAAUGGGAUUGUGCACAGAUAGUAGGGAAUGGACUAAAAAAUUAUUGAAUUCUUAA